ACUUACGCGAGAAGUUGAAUCACCGUGGAGCUCAACUGUCGAACUUCAUUUUUGUUGUGUACUACUCCCUUAGUCCCAUCGCAGAGCUUAACAACGGAGGGACUUGGUUAAUGGCGGUAAUUCUAUCCAGCAACUUCUACAGUAUAACCUACAAUUCUCAUUUCCACAAUCAUCAUCAUCAUCAUCAUCAUCAUCACAAUAAUUCAAGAAUAUUUCGCAUUACCUGUAGAAAUUCCAUUCGGAGAAGAUGUGAAUGUCAAGCUUCAUCAAAACCUAGCAGUUACGAUUUUGAAGCAGAAGAUCAGCGAUGGCUUCGAGAAGAACAGCGAUGGCUUCGCGAAGAACAACGAUGGCUUCGUGAAGAACGACGAUGGAAUAGCGAACGACAAUCUUUAUUACGCCAAAUAUCAGAAUUAUCUCUCCAAAUUCAGCAUUUGCUGGAGGAAUUACAAAGUCUUCGAAAAAUUCGAAGCAAUUCUGCUGAUUUCGAUGUCGAUUUGGAGGUAACAUUAACUAAAAUGGCGGCGUUUUUGCAAGAUAAGAAUUUCAAUCAGAUUUCGGAUUCUUCUGAUAGUAAGUUGAAAUCAGAGUCCGAGAUGGCAAGUUUGGAUUCUUCUUCUGAUAUACCUUCUCUUAGUGGGGCGGAUAGCGAGGAGGAGGAGAAAAAAUCACCAUUGAAAAAGGCGAGUUCGAGCUUGAGAGUUGGAGCUGAAGGAGAAGAAGUUCGCGCUUUGCAGGAAGCAUUGAUGAAUUUAGGAUUUUACUCUGGAGAAGAGGAUAUAGAGUUUUCUAGCUUCUCGAUUGGCACUGAGACAGCAGUUAAGACUUGGCAAGCUUCUAUAGGCGUUCGUGAAGAUGGAAUUAUGACUGUUGAGCUUCUAGAACGAUUGUAUUCAUCUGAGAUGAAGAAUUUGGAUCCUUCCCAAUCAUCAGCAGUUUCGGAUAUUCCUAAAGAUAAUGAAAAUGGAGCUCCUAUCAACGCCAAGGAAGUUCCACAGACUGUUGUCCAGAAAGAGCCAACUGAUAUGGAAACAUCCCAGCACCGAGUAUUUCUUCUGGGUGAGAAUAGGUGGGAGGAGCCUUCCAGGCUGAAUAAAGGAAAUGAUAAAUUGGGCAGUGGUGGCAAGGCUCAAGCUUCUGUGCCAAAAUGCACUGUUUGUCGAGGAGAGGGUCGUCUAUUGUGCAUGGAGUGUGAUGGCAGUGGGGAACCAAAUAUUGAAGAACAGUUUUUGGACUGGGUGGAAGAAGGAGCAAAGUGCCCAUAUUGUGAAGGCCUAGGAUACACUGUCUGUGAUGGAUGUGAGGGGAAAGGUGCUGCUGCCUAGUUGUAGUGUCGAACAUAUUUUUUGAUUCCUCGCUGACUUGCUGGUUUGUCGAAGCAGUAUAGGGUCAUGGAGGCAUGUCCGAACUACUUUGGAUAAUACAAAAGAAGCAUAUGUGGUGGAAGGUCUACCGGUUCGUAUCAAUAUUUCCCAAGGAAAUGUGACUAUAUGAGGGCUGGUGCCGCACCAUGGAAUUUCUUUCCUCGCCUACAACUGUAAUAUUGAUAUCUUGCUAGUCAGUUUGCAAGGAUACCCAAUAUGUUAUUUCGUUAGCCACGAAGCAGAAGAUGAUGGUGUAUUUUGUGCUACUGCAGUUGCUCUUCACUCCUGCUCUGUAAUAACUACCUGUAUUGGCCAUCAUGAAUCACUCAAUAGCAGUACAAAUAUAUAAUUUGCAGAAAUGUUGAUCAGAAUUUUUAGGACUAACCUCAUUGUUGAAGAAGAGAUGCAUCUAUUUAUAUUAUAAAAUUUUAGUAAGUUCAAGUCA